AGCAUCACGACACUUGCUUCCAGUGGCUCGAAACCAUGGCUUCUAGGUGCUCGAGACUGGAGUUCUCAGCAACAACAAGUGAAGUAACAUUUACCAUCAAUGGGAAGACUUACACAGUCAGUGGAGACGUUUCACCAGCCACUUCUCUCAAUACCUACAUACGGAACAAUGCCAACCUGAGAGGUACAAAAGUUAUGUGCCAUGAGGGUGGCUGUGGGUCUUGCAUUGUGGCUGUGACAUCGAAAAAUGCUUUCACGAAAGAGACCUCAACCUAUGCAGUCAAUUCGUGCCUGGUACGUGUGUAUGCCUGUCAUGGCUGGGCCAUUAAAACAAUUGAAGGACUUGGCAACAGGAAGAUGGGUUACAAUGCUUUACAGACACAACUUGCUCACCUGAAUGGCACGCAGUGUGGGUACUGUUCCCCAGGAAUGGUGAUGAACAUGUAUAGCCUGAAGAAUGAUAAAGAUAUCACUAUGCAAGAAGUAGAGAAUUCUUUUGGUGGUAAUAUAUGUCGCUGUACUGGAUAUCGUCCCAUUCUGCAAGCCUUCAAAUCUAUGGCUAUAGAUGCCCCACCACAACUAAAAAACAAAGUACAGGAUAUUGAGGAACUCUGUAAGAGGAACAUUUGUCCAAUGAGUGGCAAGAAAUACUCUGGGAGUUGUAGUGAUUAUGAUUAUGAUGAUGCUGAUGCUAGUGAUGAUAAUGGUGAAGAAGAUUUUGUUCAUGUGAACAUGGAUGGUGCAGAAAUCAUUCAGUCAUCAAAGCAUUCUUCUAUUCACAUAAACUUGAAAGAUGCCCAUUGGAUCAAAGUUACAAAAAUGAACGAAGUUUUUGAAAUUUUUGAUAAAAUUGGUUAUGCCCCAUAUGUUCUAGUUGGAGGGAACACAGCCCGUGGGGUAUACAGACCAACUAUGGAGCCCCAGAUCUACAUUGAUGUGCAAGACAUUCCUGAAUUGAAAAGUUACGUGACAGAACCAACUCUGACGCUAGGUGGAAAUGUGAGCCUCACUGACUGCAUCAAACUAUUUAACUCUCUAUCCAAGAAGAAAAGUAAUUAUGCAUACACAGCAGUACUGGCAAGACACAUCGACCUGAUUGCUAAUGUCCCUGUCAGAAAUGUUGGGACAAUUGCUGGGAACCUGUCCAUUAAGCAUGAACAUCCCGAAUUCCCAUCUGAUAUGUUUCUGAUUUUAGUCACAGUUGGAGCCACCUUGACAAUUGCUUCAAAAACUUUUCUAUACCAAGAUGUGAGCAUGCUUGACUAUCUGGAUAUGGACAUGAAACACAAAGUCAUAAAAAGCAUUACUUUACCCAAAAUGGAUGACAGUUACAGCCUGAAGACCUAUAAGAUUAUGCCAAGGGCUCAAAAUGCUCAUGCAUAUGUGAAUGCAGGAUUUUUGUUUCAAAUAAGGAAAAGUGACAAUGGCAGAAUUCUAAGGAAACCAACCAUAGUGUAUGGCGGAAUCAACCCUUACUUUGUGCAUGCCCAUGAUACAGAGAAUUAUUUGGAGGGCAAGAAUCUCUUUGAUUUUAAAACUUUCAAGACAGCAUUGAGAAUACUUGAUAAGGAACUGAAACCAGACCAAGUGCUACCGGAUGCUUCUCCAAUAUUUAGGAGGAAGUUAGCCUCAGCCCUCUUUUACAAGUUUGUUUUGAGUCUUUCUCCACCUGGAUUACCAGCACGGGUUGCAAGUGGAGGUAAGGAUUUAGUUCGACCGCUGUCUUCAGGGAAACAUCUAUUUGACACUGAUAAAUCCGAGUGGCCCCUAACUCAACCAGUACCUAAGUUGGAGGCCCUUGCUCAAUGUUCUGGAGAGGCAGAGUAUGUAAAUGAUUUACCAGCAAUACCUGGGGAGGCAUAUGCUGCUUUUGUUCUCACAAGUGAGGGUCAAGGAUAUAUCUCAAAUAUUGAUCCUUCAGAAGCGCUGAAAAUUCCUGGUGUUUUGAAGUUCUUGUGUGCUGAAGACAUUCCAGGACUUAACAGCUUCACACCAUUAAAACCAGCCUUUGAAGAAAACGAAGAGGUAUUUUGCAGUGGAAACGUUAAAUAUGCUGGCCAACCACUGGGACUGAUUGUAGCUGAGACACAAAUUUUAGCUUUACAUGCAGUUACAAAAGUCAACGUGGAAUACAGCAAUGUGUCAAGCCCACAACUCAACAUGAGACAUAUAAUUUCAUCAGGUGAUAAGACUCGGAUCAGGGUGGAGAAAGAACCUGAUGCAGCAGAAAAGGAUGUUCCAGAUCGUAAUGAAGUGACUCAUGUAAUUAAGGGAAGUUUUGAUAUAGGAGGUCAGUACCAUUUCACAAUGGAAACACAGCAGUGUAUAUGUGUUCCAAUAGAAGAUGGAAUGGAUGUCUACCCAUCUACUCAAUGGAUGGAUCUCACACAAGUUGGCAUUGCUCAAGCUCUAGCUAUACCCGAGAACAGUAUUAAUGUCAAAGUACGAAGAAUAGGCGGAGGAUAUGGAUCGAAGAUUUCACGCAAUUCACUAGUUUCUGUUGCAUGUGCUCUCGCUGCUCAGAUUCUCAACAGACCAGUACGGCUCAUUAUGAGCUUAGAGUCCAACAUGGAAGCUAUAGGGAAACGGUGUGACGCAGCUGUUAAUUAUGAGGUUGGAACCGACAAUGAUGGAAAGGUACAGUAUUUGAAGGCCGAUUUUUAUGAGAAUGCUGGCGCUUCAUGGAAUGAGAAAACUGUACCUGACUCUGUUUCUUUCAUGAAAAGUUGUUAUGACAGCAGUAAUUGGAAGGUGAAGGGUUACAGUGUUCGAUCUGACAUUCCAUCUACCACAUGGUGCAGAGGGCCAGGUUCCACUGAAGGAACUGCCACUAUUGAGCACAUUAUGCACCACAUAGCUAAGGUUGUUAAGAAGGAUCCAGUUGAAGUAAGACUUAACAAUAUGAGUGUUGAUGAUAAUGCCACACCACAGAUGGUGAAAGACCUGAUAGUUUCUGCAGAUUAUAAUGCGAGGAAGGAAAGUAUUGAUGAGUUUAAUAAGAAUAACCGUUGGACCAAGAGAGGUAUUGCAUUGGUGCCAUUAAAAUAUGGACUAGAAUAUGAAGCAAACUAUUCUGCGCUGGUAUCUAUAUAUGCUGGGGACGGAACAGUGGCUGUAACACAUGGUGGAAUUGAAUGUGGCCAAGGAAUAAACACUAAGGUGGCUCAGGCAGUGGCAUACACUUUGGGCAUAGACUUGGAACUUGUGAGAGUGAAAACCAGCAACAAUUUGACUGCGCCAAAUAACAAAUCUACUGGAGGCAGCAUAACAAGUGAACUCUGCACAUAUGCUGCAGUACAAUGCUGUAAAGAGCUCUUGAAACGUAUGGAGCCAGCAAAAAAAGGUCUCAAGAACCCAGCAUGGCCACAGUGGGUACAAGCAGCUUACCAUCAAAAUAUUGAUCUUUGUGCUACACACAUGUACCCAUACAAUGAUGAUGUGAAAGCUUACAAUAUUUUUGGAGCUACAGUUUGUGAAGUAGAGGUCGACUUGUUAACUGGUCAGUAUCAGAUUCUUCGAGUGGAUAUUGUUGAAGAUGCUGGCAAGAGUAUGAGUCCAGAAAUUGAUAUUGGUCAGGUUGAAGGUGCCUUUGUGAUGGGAUUAGGUUACUGGCUUACUGAGUAUCUUCUAUAUGAUCCAGAAACUGGAAAACUCUUGACAAACAGAACAUGGAAUUACAAACCACCAGGUGCAAAAGACAUCCCUGUAGAUUUUCGCAUUCAGCUAAGAAGAAAUGCACCAAACCCAUUUGGUGUGUUACGUUCAAAAGCAACUGGGGAGCCUCCUCUCUGCAUGAGCUGCAGUGUUUUGUUUGCCCUGAGAUAUGCUCUGGAUUCUGCUCAUGAAGAAGCUGGUAAACCUGAUGAAUGGUAUCAAAUGGAUUUGCCUGCAACAGUUGAACAUGUGUUCCUCGCAAGUCUGACAAAUAUUAACUUAUUUACUUUCUGAGUUUGGUCAUGCAAAUAUGAUAUACAAACACAUGCAUAGAUACACAUUUACAGGGCCUGCCAGAAGGAAUGCUGUGGUUUCACACACCCACAAGUCAGGAAUGAAACAAAUAUGUAAGCAUUAGUACUUGCAGUGUAAUUUUAAACUCAAACAGCUUUACUGACACAAGUUGUAAGGGCACAUUUUCUGUAGUUAACGGACAGCAACUUUGAUUACGUGUUCUGCGUGAUCAGUACAAUAUCUAAUAUACAGCAGAAAGUAUAGACCCUGUUGUGGCAUGCAAAAAUUGUAUCCAUUAUUCGAAUUUAAUGUGAAUUUAUUCAUAUUGUAUAUUAAGAAUACAUAAUUAUCUUUUAAUAUGUUAAUUACCUUCGAUAUAAUACUUGACAAUGUUUUGAAUAAUUAAGACUAUAUAGCAUUGAAUUAUAGGAUAUUUAGUGAAUAAUUAAUUUUAGUGGAUUUGGAAGGUAACAGUUGUGGUAAAUAUUAAGUUGUUUUCUGUACAGACUAAGUAAAACCAUGUAAAACUUCUGUAUAUCCAGUCUCAUGGCCAGAUUAUGAUUUUGGACAUCUGAAUGCAAAGCAGGAUUCUAGCACAAAAUAGAGAACUUGUCCUUGGUGAAAAUAAUUAUGAUAAACAAGGGAACAGGUGGUUUUGGCAGCCGGCUUUGUAGUGAUCUUGCACAUUUUUAUUUGUUUAUUUGUGGUGUAUUUAAUAACGCUGUCAUUAAUGCCUACUGCAGUGUUGAAUGAUUCAGUGAUGGUAGAUAAUGAAUUACAGCCAUACAUCGGAGACAUUGCAGGUUCGGUUCCAGGUAACCAUAAUAAAGCGAGUUACACGAAUUCUUUUUUGGUUUCCCGGUGCAAAUACUAAAAGUUAUGUUUACACUAUACUGUAGUCUGUUAAGUGUGCAAUAGAAUUAUGCCUAAAAACAAUGUACAUACCUUAAUCAAAAUAUAUUAUAUUGCUAAAAAUGCUAACCAUUAUCUGAGCUUUCAGAGAGUC